AUGACUCAGAAUGAUAUUCAAAGAGUUACUGAGCUUAGUGGGUUUAAAGUUGGGAAGCUCCCUUUUACAUACCUUGGAGUGCCUAUAUCUACUUCAAAGUUGAAGGCUAAAGACUGUCAAAGCCUAGUUGAGAAGAUGGUUAUCAGGAUAAGGGUGUGGGGAACUAGACACUUGUCUUUUGCUGCUAGGUGCCAACUAGUAAAUAGUGUCCUCAUGAGUAUACAUACAUAUUGGGGGCAGCUUUUCAUCAUACCUAAGAGUAUCCUGAAAGAGGUUAACUCAAUAUGCAGAUGCUUUUUGUGGUCUGGCACUCACAAUGACACAAGACCUGGAGCAGUUGCUUGGGAUAAGCUAUGUAGAAACAAAAAAGAAGGUGGUUUGGGAUUUAGGGAAACUGGAAUAUGGAAUAUGAUAGCUCUUUGUAAGCUUGCCUGGGGUGUUGCCCAAAAGCAAGACAAUCUUUGGGUUAAAUGGGUGCAUGGUAUUUAUAUCAAAGAUGCAAAUUGGGAGAACUAUACAGCCCCUGUCCAUGCAAGCUGGUCAUGGAAAUAUGUGUGUCAAGCAAAAAAUAUGAUGAAUGAGAAGAAUAAUGGAGGGCAAUGGCUCAUGAAUGGUCAGUUCAGCAUCAAGCAACAUUAUCAGACCUUACUGAGUGGAAGCAGGCCAGUUAACUGGGCUAGAUAUGUUUGGAAUAGGUACUCCAUUCCUAAACAUAGACUUAUUAUGUGGCUUGCCAUUCAAAAUAGAUUGAAGACUAGACAAAGACUAAAGAUGAUGAAUGUAUUGCAAUGGUUAGGGGUCGCAUGGAGAACAAGGAAUCUGGACCAGUUCUGCAGAUGGUCUAGAAAUAGAUACACAGGAAAUAGGACUAGGAAAAUGGUCUUAUUGUCAGCUAUAGCUGCUACUGUGUGUACAAUUUGGAGGAACAGGAACUCUGCUUAUUGGGAACAGGUUAUAAUGACUGUUAGCAAGGCGGUGCAGGAAAUUAAAAUGAAUGUAAAGUUUCGUAUUACUCAGAUCCUUAGUGAUAAGGUCAAAGAGAGGGAUAGGAGAUGGAUCCAUAGUUUGUAA